CUUCAGUGCGAUCUAGAUAGAGUUCGCUGAGUGGAGCGAGCGAGCCGACGGAGAGGUGCACGAACAGGUGUCGGGUCGGCCGACGGUCAGCUCCUUUUUUUAACACACGUCAGGUGAAUCAUCCACUGCAGUUUUCGCGUCAUUAUUUAUUCACGACGAGGGCAGCAACCCCUUCUUCCUGCAUCCCUUCAGUAGAAGUGCGAACGGAAGAGGGACGGCGGCGGCCUCGCAGCGCUAUCAUCAUUAACUCUGCGAAAGAGGAACGAACGCGGAGGCGCGCUCUCCUAAUGCGAAGGUGCAAUUAAACUGAAUGCACGGGUUCACGGCAGGAGAAUUUUCGACUCUGACAGCAGAUCACCUUUCUCCGCGCGCAGGAAUGACUCAUAACGUUCGCCGGGCGCCGACGUAGAAAGAGACAGGCAGACAAUAUGCGGUGCUUCGCGUGGAAGAAGUCGCACAGCUUCCUCUGCAAAAUCGUGCUGCUCGACGAGCAGGAGCUGAUACAAGAGAUCAACGAUUCGACUUCGGGUCAAGAAGUGCUCGACACGGUCUUUCGACACCUCAACCUCUUAGAGACUGCGUAUUUCGGUCUGCGUUACCUGGACCCCUCGAACCAGCCGCACUGGUUGGACGUGAACAAGAAAGUAGCGAAGCAGUUGAAAGGCUCGGAUCUCUUCACCCUUUACUUCGGCGUUAAGUUUUAUGCAGUCGACCCUUGCAAGCUGUUAGAAGAAAUCACUAGAUAUCAAUUCUUCCUUCAGGUAAAACAAGACAUCCUCCAAGGUAGAUUGCCGGUGACGUUUGACUUGGCCGCCGAGCUCGGCUCGUACGUCAUCCAAUCCGAGCUGGGUGAUUUCGAUCCGCGGCGGCAUUCGCAUGGAUACGCGUCGGAAUUUCAAUUCGUGUCCAAUCAAACCCUCGACCUGGAAAACCGUAUCGCCGAUCUGCACAAGGGCUUAAUAGGGCAAAUUCCGGCCGUGGCAGAGCUGAAUUAUUUAGAAAAAGUCAAGUGCUUGGAUAUGUAUGGAGUUGAUCUUCAUCCCGUGCUGGGUGAGGACAAUGUGGAAUAUUUCCUCGGACUCACCCCUAGUGGAAUAAUAGUGCUUAGGAACAAAACCAAAGUGGGCAAUUAUUUGUGGCCCAGGAUUACCAAAGUUUACUUCAAAGUGAGAUACUUUAUGCUGCGGGUGUGCGAUAAAAAUAGCGAGGAAACCACGUACGGUUUCGAGACGCCUUCAAAGCAAGCAUGCAAACAUUUGUGGAAGUGCUGUGUCGAGCACCAUGCCUUCUUUAGACUGCUGCAAGUGACGCCAGCCUCUUCAGAUAAUUUAUUCUCUUCCAGAUUUAGAUACAGCGGUCGGACUGAAAAGCAGGCCCAGAUAGACGCCCAAAUGAGAAUUAGGAGUCCUCCCCAAUUUUCGAGAACCCCCAGUCGGAGACUUCAAAGGAGAAUCGUCGAGGGAGCGCAAGAUUCGCCAAAAUACAUGGACGAAAAUCUCAAGCAGGAAAUGAUGCUCCUCAACACGAAGAUCAUUUCCAUUCCGCAACCUGUUUGCGCGCCUGAAAUGCAUAGCACGUCGAUGCCAGCGGGCGGCGACUCUCCCAGGUCAACGAGGAGCGCGCCGUGGGUGAAACCCAGGGGCCUUUACACAGGGUCUGCGAGUCCAAGGUCGGUGCGCUCAGCAGGCCAUCGACCCAUUUUCCAAAACUACCACAGGCGGUCGGACAGCGUCGAGAGUCAGACGUCGGCCGACAGGGAAGUGAAAAGGCACAGGAGACGGAGUAAAAGGGGCUCUGACAACGAGAGUGAGCAUUCGAGCCGUUCCCAUCGACACCACCGGCACAAGCGAGAGUCUGACGUGGAAAACGACGGUCACAGGCACUCGCGCCGGCGAAGCAGCAGUCGGCAGAGGCACGGCAGCAAUUACGAGCUGGUCGACUCUGAGGAAAUGUGGCGGAAGGUGCAGCGAAAGCAGGAUGAGGGCCGAGUACAAAUUCACCAGGCCACUGUCAUCAGAGACCUGGGAAACAACAGACUUUCCACUCAUUCAAAUGCAAUUGACACAACUUCCGAGCCGGCUUACAACCUGCACAAGCGGAAGCACAGAAAGCACAGCAGGUCUAGAUCUCCGUCGGGAAGAAAUCCUACUCUGCCCGAAGAAAUAAAAAGGCAGCUGGAGUUUGACUUGGUGGACACAGAAGGCAUUCCCGAGGACCGAUUGCGAGAGAUCGAUUACAAAGUGGUGGAGACCAAAGCGAAACCCGUAAAAGCAAAAAUCGCUUCAGCGGCCAAGCACCGGCACCGUUCUCCUCGGAGCGUCAAUGGCAGCAUGAGCAAAGAGCAGCCACCCGACAAUGGUGACAGUCCUCCUCCCCCAUACUCUCCCCCUCAGAAUGCAAAAAGCAAUGGGUCGGAGGAGCAUUUAAAAAGCGGUCUUUCCUUCUCUCUGGCAUGCGAUUCUACUAUUAACAACAAUUCCGCUCCAAGUGCCGAGUUUGACCUCUCGCGUGGGAUGCAGACGUACGACAAUUCGUACCAAAGUCCGUACGCCAACUCAACGAGUAAUUACAACGGCCCCAGUUCACUCAGCUUGCCCAAUGGCAACUUGAAAUUAGGAGCAAGACCCAAUUAUAGUUUGGACAGCAAUUUUAAUCCAACCGGAGAUUUGAGCGGCUCUUAUAGACUCGAUGACAAUGCGAGAUAUUCACAGAGCCCCAUGUCGCUGAAGCCGGCCGGUGGCGCUCAGCAGCCGACGUCACAGCACUCGCGGUUGAACAUGCUUCGCACCCGAGCUGCAAAUUCCCCAUCAUUUUUGCCGUCACCUGUUGGCCCGUACCUCCCUCAUGUCUCUCUGUUUGAAAAAAAUCAAUAUGCGAAACCUGCCCGCAGUCCAGAGAGCGUACGCAGCACUCGGUCCACCCCUGCAUCUGUUUGGAUGCGCCCCAAACAACACGUGAGGGAGCCGACGUAUGCUAAGGCUGUUGACCCCAAAUUGAGAUCUGACAACAGAAGUCCGUCUCUCGAUAGAUGUGCCAGGAAUCGCUCGUCCAGUCUGGAGCUGGUCCUCUCACCACUCAUACAGAGUACCAAAGAUAAUUACAGCAAUCACCAGUUUGAUUCGCAGCCUUCCAAUCGACAUUUGAAAGAGACGGGACCCGAUUUGCCGUCUCGGCCCACCGAAGGCCCACACAGCAUCUCGACCCAACCCACACCAAAACGUAUCAAGCCUGACUUAAUGCACGAAAUGAGUACAGAACUCUAAAAAACCAAUCUUACAGUCGACCUAUAUCAUUCCAACAAUCAAAUUUUACCAAUCUUUACAUGCAACAUCUCUUUAGAUCAAAUUUCUAAAAUGAAAAGCAAUUCAUGUGUGAUUUUUAUACUCUAACGUAUUAAUUGUUUUAAGAUUAUACACAUCCCUCAAUUGCUAUUUUUAGCAAUGAAGUCUUGAGCGUAUAUAAAUAUUAUAUAUUAUUUAUUGAAGUGUUUAGCAAAUCUCUCUAAAUGUUAUGCUGUGUAGAUGGAAUAUUUUUAAAGAAAUUCUAUUUGUAAACCUAAAAAUGAAUCUUUCCGGCACAAAAUUGUCUAGAAUCUUUUUGCACAGAAUUAAAAUUGUUGACGAUUUUGAAUGCAAACGAGACAUUUUUUAUUGUGUUCAAGCGAUGUACGAGCAUAAUUAUAUAAUAUAAAAGUGGGGUUGAUAAUAAUAAAGACAGCCGCAUUUAAAGCAA